UCGUCAGAUAUCGUUUUCAAAAAUUCAAAAUUAGUUAGUUUAGCCAAUGACUCAGGAACCCAACUGGAAAAAGGCAUACGACCAUCUGGUCCGUGAGCACUUGGCUGACCAGAAUCGGGUGCACUUGCUGCAACGUCAACUGCGCCACUUUCGGUCCAAGCGCUUAAGGCUCCAGAAUGAAAUCGAGGAGGAGGGAAAGGGCAUGGACGAUUGGAUAAAGAUGAUGGAGAACUUGCACCGCGGGGUGGAGCGCUUUCAGAAGCACAAGCACCUCCUCUCGCCCAAGAAGAAAAAGCAACUGCGUCGCAUAAUACGAAAGCUGCCCAUGAGCACCUUGGAGGAGCAGGUGCGUCUGAUGGAGGUGUCGGAGCAGUUGGUGUCCAAGCCAUGCAAAGAGAUACCCGCUCCCCCAAGGACCAACGGAGACCAGUUCACCAAGUACUCAGUUCCGCAACAGAAAAAGGGCUGCGAUCCCCAGACUCUAUCCCCUGUGGACAAGCGGCUGGCCAGGAUCAAUGCCAAUCUGAAAGCCCUGCAAGGAAUCCACGAGCAGACCUCGUCCGUCAUCGCUGAUAUCCACUCCCUAAUGGCUACCAUUAACUAUUUGGAGCGGGGGCACUGCACCAACAUAAAGAUUACUCCAUUUGUGGAGUCAGCGCAGGGUUCGAAGCCGUCAAUAAAAGCCACCAUCAAAUUGGAUAGGCUGCGCAGGACCAAGCACGGAACCCUCUACACGCGGGAACUGAUGGACGUACAUCCUCCGUACAUCCUUGACCAUGUGCCGCAAUUGAAGCCCAACAUUUUCGAAGGUCUGAGGAGCAAGUCGAAGAAGACAAAAGCCAAGCACUGAACCGAACCAC